UUCUGCAUAAAUUGACAAAAAUCCGCCACACCGGAAGUGAAGGAAUCUCAUCCCCUGCUAAAUUUGCAGGCGCCAUGACGGAUGGAGGUUCAACCUUGUCUGUUGCAGUCGUCUGCUCAAGUAAUCAGAAUAGGAGUAUGGAGGCUCACAGCUUCUUAAGUAAAAGGGGUUACAAUGUAAGGUCUUUUGGAACUGGAAGUCAAGUAAAGUUACCUGGAGCCACUUUGGACAAGCCAAAUAUUUAUGAUUUCAACACAACUUAUGAUGAAAUGUACAGAGACUUGAUGAGAAAAGAUCCUGAACUAUACACACAGAAUGGGAUCCUACACAUGCUGGACAGGAAUCGAAGGAUCAAGCCAAUGCCAGAGAGGUUCCAGGCGUGCAAAGAAAAGUUUAACGUCAUCAUCACCUGUGAGGAGAGAGUUUACGAUCAAGUUAUAGAGGACUUUGAAACAAGAGAAAAGGAGGACAUGCAGCCUGCUCACAUCAUCAACAUUGACAUUCAGGACAAUCACGAAGAGGCCACAAUUGGAGCUUUUCUUAUAAGUGAUUUAGCCACCAUGCUUUUUGAGUCAGAUGAUCUGGAUAAUGACAUUGAUGAGAUUUUACAAGAUUUUGAGCCCAGAGCCAGACGGCCUAUUCUUCACACAGUCUGCUUCUACUGAACUGGGUUUUAUGAGAUUCCAAGCAUUGCUACAAGAUUUCAGUUGAUACAGUUUUUAAAAAGAGUAUAGGUUCAAGUUUUUAUUAUGUUGCUGAAUCUUCAUAAUAAAACUAUUUGUACUUUUUAUGUAGUACAUGUACCAAUUUAUAAAGCAAGUACUUUGUACCUUCAGUUGUUAUCUUGAAGUGAUGUUCGUUCAGUAGGUGGGGGGUCACUGAGGUGUAUGCUUUGCAUUUUAUUUUAAAGUGUGGCCCACAAAAAAAUGAUAGAUGUUUCUGUAAUUAUGCUCUUUCUUUCUGUGGUGGAUUAUCAUGCAUUACAAAAAUUAGAGGGUGCAUCUUGUUGGAAAUAAAGUGAAAUACCAACAUACUUUUAAUUUUUUAACAAACAACUUGCUAUAACUGUCAUAAAAAAAUAACUUUUUUUUUAUAAAUUAAUGUUGUAAGAGAUGUGAAUGUACCGUAUGUGACAUUGAACUUGAAAAAAUUCUGAUUUUACUUUUUGAUGUACAUACCAUAAAUUUGUAGAAUGAAAAUGAAUGUAAAUCUCUCCUUAUAUAUACAGAUGAUUUAAGAGAUGUUUGUAGUCUUUGUUUACAAGACUAUUUGUUUACUGUAAAACAGAAAUAAACUUAUUUUUGUUUUUAA